CUUCGAACCCCCGCCUCGACGCUCAUUUCUCCGCAUCUUAGCGGCGUCAUAUGACGUCACCGUCCUCCUUUAACGCUUAUCGUACUGUGACAAUGUAACAUCACACCUUGUUCAACUGUAGAUGUGCUGUAGAUGCGGGGUGAGGCUUCCAGCAUCGCGCAAAUUACUCUGAUAAAGGGUUGAUGCGCCGCCGUAGUCAUUGUAGCACGACAGGGCGAGGCAUUCAAACGUCUCAAAUUGAUCUCAUCAUGCGCACGCUGACCCGCCUUUCAAUACUGACAAGCCUAGGCUUUGCAGCCGCUCAAGAUGUAGACUACGCGCAAUUCGUAAAUCCCUUCAUUGGAUCUGAGGGUGCCAUUCCAGGCUACGCUUAUGGCGGAGGAGAUGUCUUCGUCGGAGUAACAGUACCAUUUGGCAUGGUCAAGCUCGGUCUGGAUACCUAUGAGGAACCCAUCAACCAGAGUGCGCUGAAUGGUGGAUGGACUCCGCAAGGUUAUGUGACUGGCAUCAGUCUGAUGCAUGAAUCUGGUACCGGAGGUGGCCCCAAAUAUGGCUUCCCAGCUCAAAUGCCUUUAACAUCAAUUGACGGCGAGGUGAACCUGCUCGACAACAGGACGUAUUGGCAGAAAAGGAAAGGCGAGGAUGUUGCGAGCGUGGGCUACUUCCGCACGAAGUACGAAUCUGGUGUGACAGUCGAGCUAUCAGCAACGCGUCAUGCCGGACUGUAUCACUACACGUAUCCAACAACAUCCGAGAAGCACGUGCUUGUAGACUUCUCCCAUUACUUACCCCACCCCACACGCUCCUGGGACUCGCAGUUCUACACUGGCGGUGAGAUUGAGAUACGACCAAAUUCAAGCACAUAUACUGGAUAUACCUCGAUUGCGGGAGGUUGGUGCAUUGGUGCUCCGGUGACUGUGUACGUCUGUGGAGAGUUUGACACGCCACCCAACGAAGCCAGAGCUUUCAAGGGCAAGAACACUUUCCCUGUCAGUCGCCACUUCCGAAGCUUCAACAACGCUACUACUCCAUCACCAACGUUUACCGGAAAUAAUGCUCGCUCUGGACCAUUAAACGAUCGUGUUGGUGCUGUCUUCUCGUGGACCAAUGUUAUAGAAGUAAAAUCAAGAGUUGGCAUCUCAUUCAUGUCUGUGGAUAAAGCCUGCGCUUACAAAGACGCCCAGUUGUCGACAUGGUCCAUCAACGACACGAUGCAGGCAGCACGUGAUGAGUGGAAUCGAGACGUCUUCUCCAAGAUCCAGGUUGACAUAUCCGAGUCGGCGAACAAGACGAGGUUGGCGCUGUUGUACUCGAGCCUGUACUUCAUGCAUCUCAUACCGAGCGAGCGAAUAGGCGAGAACCCUCUAUGGGAGAGUGAGGAACCGUAUUGGGACGACUUUUACACCAUGUGGGACCUGUUUCGCAAUCAGGUGUCAUUAUGGCAUCUCAUCCAGCCAUCGUACUACGAGUCGAUGUUGAGAGCGCUCAUCGAUAUCUUCAGACGCGAAGGCUGGAUGCCAGACGGUCGAUCUGGAAACUACAACGGCUUAGUGCAAGGCGGUUCCAAUGCUGACAAUGUACUCGCCGAUGCAUACGUCAAAGGUCUGAGAGGCAACAUUAACUGGACCGAGGGGUACGCUGCAGUUAAGAAGAACGCAGAGGUGCUACCUUACUUCGACGAGAACCCGGUCGACCCUCAAGGCUCGCUCAAGGAAGGUCGUUCAGCCCUUGACGACUGGAUCCCCCUCGGCUAUGUAUCAGCAGACCGUAACUCGCGCGCUGUCUCGAAAACCGUAGAGUACUCCCUCAACGACUUCGCCGUAAGCCAAAUCGCAGCUGGCGAGGCACCCGGUGAUCGCGACUUGUAUUUGCAACGAUCAGCCGGGUGGCAGUUGAGUUGGGACCCAGAUGCAACAGCUCGGAACUUCAAAGGGUUCGUCAUGCCGCGUUUCGCAAAUGGCACAUUUGACAAAAACUACAACAUCACCAACUGCGGCGACUGUAACUGGGCCGACGAAAGCUACGAGGGCACUGCGUUCGAGUACUCCUUCGUCAUCCCGCACGACGUCGCUCGAGUAAUCGAUCUCAUGGGCGGACCCGGACACUUCGAGUCGCGCCUCGACUACGUGUUCCAGCCAAACACAUCAGGUGUCGAUCUGGGCGUCAACGGGCUGGGAAUCACUACCAUCAACAACGUCGCAAAUGAGCCGGACUUCCAGACGCCAUACCUGUACAACUACCUCAACAAGCAAUGGAAGAGCGUCGAGCGCUCUCGUCAACUAGCGAAUGACUUCUACUUCAACAACAACAACGGGAUACCAGGAAACUCUGAUGCAGGAGCGCUGAAUUGCUGGCUGGUGUGGCAGAUGCUGGGCUUGUAUCCGAUCGUUACUACGCCUGUCUAUCUUCUCGAAAGCCCGUGGUUCCCAGACAUCAAUAUCACUGUUAAUCAUGACAAGACUCUAAGGAUUAGGGCUGAGGGGUUAGAUGAUGGCGACGGGAGGCAGGGGUAUUAUGUUCAAGGUGCUACGAUCAACGGACAAGAGUGGGACAAGAACUGGUUUGAGCAUGAAGAUGCGGGAGGUAUCAUGACUGAAGGGGGGGAGAUUGUGUUCAGACUCGGCAGUGAGCAAAAGGCGUGGGAGACGGGCGACGUGCCUCCCAGUCCAGGUCAUAUCGAACUGGAUGUUGGGAACGGGAUGUAGUAAAAGAGAAGUGCUGGUCAAACGUGGUCCUGGAGUGUAUGAUAGCUACAACAUACUGGGCGUGCUCAAAACCCAAAGGCUCCUCGCUCGUAACACUAGAUACACAAUAGUACGCGCCACUUC